CGACCCGUCAAUAAACGGUUACACGCUCUCCAACCUGGCAUCUCCUAGCUCUGUCAAACCCAGUGGACCGCUACAGCUCAUCGCGUGUUGUGGGGGUACAUACCGCUCAACUUAUGAAAAAUUGAAAUGGUACCACAUUGUGUAGUAAGCAUCAUCCGUAUUUCUGAUGUGUGAUGUUAGUUAGGUUACCCUUCACAACCAGACAAUUUACGUGAUGGAGGAGAAUCGGACAGAGAGGGCUGGCUCUCCGGACUCAUUCUGCUCGGACAAAUGGACACACAACCCUCAUUCAGACUUGCAGAAGAAGAGAAAUCAAGCUAUAGUGAGACAGUUACUAAAUGAAUUUGAUAUGGAAGAGACCGUUACUCGAUACAGAGUCCAAGGCUCGCAAGAGUUUGUCAUAGACGAGAACGACUUUAGUGUGGAUGCUUCAUUGUCUGCAUUACGGAUACGUCAGAAGUUACUGAAGCUGAUGGGUACUGAUGUCAUCAGGCUCAACGACCGCAACUACACGGAGACUUUGCUCGACAAACUCAAACAGGAGUACGAGUCUAACCUGGACAAGAAAGAAAAGGCAUUGGAGAAAGCAGAGAAACAGAGACUACGGAAGUUAAUGCUGGAUGGUAUUAUAUCAGCCAGUGUGAUGAAAAACCCGGCAGGUAAACAGCACCGCUCAAAGAGAAUAAAACACAACUCGAAGGACACCAAUAAGAAGGUAGGACCCCCGUCUAUCAUGCACGAGGACAGUCCAUACUACCAGGCAGAGAGGCCAGAUUCCCGACCACAGCCCAUGGAUCACAAACAGAGCGUAGUUUCACAAAUGGAGCACACUGAAAACAAAGAUUCAGAAGAAAAGCACAAGGAAAAUUUGAGCGAUCAGAAAGACGAGGACGAGAAGAUAUCCGUAGAUGACUCUAUGAAUGACAGUCCCGGGGGUAAACAGAAAGCAAAGAAACAGGUACAGUGGUCCCAACCGAAAAAGCAGAUGAACUCCGGCGAUGGGCCUGUGUCUAGUCCAAAACGAGUCUAUCCGAAGGGGAAGUUUUCCACCAAAGAAUCUCCGCUUCUGCGAAAUCUCCGAGAGGAGGAGACAGUAGCUGGCUUGUACAGGCUGGCGGAGAAGUUGGUGCUGUGAUCGACACCGAUACAGAUAUCAGUGUUACAUGUACAGAAGAUAUGGGACAAAACAGGAGAAUAUCGUAUAGAAAAUAUCCUCUUUUUCAAUAACUCCCGCUAUCUGAAGAAUCAAGCGUACUUAUUUGAUGGAUUAAAAUCAAACGAAUUUUUA